AUGGAGGAGUUUCCCAGCCGGGAGGCAAUCCGUGGGGAGGUUUGCUGUUCACCUCUUCCUCUACGGCCAGACAAAGUAGCUGCAGCAGAUGCAAUGGUAGCAACUCCCUCAACCGCAUACUGCAACCCCAUCAACUCUUUUCUCAUCAGCGACCACCACGAAAACCCCAACCUUCUCCAACCCAAACCCCAAGGAGCUUCCACUUCGCGAAUCCCUCAGGGCGACGAUCACGCCAUCAAGGCCAAGAUCAUCUCCCACCCGCAGUGCUCCAGCCUUGUCUCUGCUUACGUAGAAUGCCAGAAGGAACACAUCAUCUCCAUGGUGGGAGCACCACCAGAGGUAGCUUCUCGGCUGUCGGCCGUUGCUCAGGAGUUUGAUAUGAGACUGCGAGCGAGUUUGAUCUGCCGGGAUGCAGCACCGGACUCCGAGCUCGAUCAGUUCAUGGAGGCGUGCCAUGAUAUGCUCGUCAAGUACGAAGAAGAGCUGUCGAGGCCACUGCAAGAAGCCAUGGCGUUCCUCCGGAGUGUAGAAUCUCAGCUCAACUCCAUCUCGGUCGACGGUGGCUCCCUUCCCAUAACAUCUAACGAAGAGAAGUUUGGAGUUUAUCCCGUGGAAGAAGACCAAGAAGGCAGUGAUGAGGAGAUGGACAUCCCCCAGCUUGGCCCAUGCACUGAAGACCAAGAGCUGAAGCAUCAUCUUCUGACGAAGUGUGGUGGAUGCUUGAGUAGCCUCCUGCAAGAGCUCUCGGAGAAGAAGAAGAAGAAGAAGAACUGGUGGGAGUUGCAUUACAAAUGGCCGUAUCCCUCGUUAGCGGAGUCCACCGGACUCGAUAUGAAGCAGAUCGACAACUGGUUCAUCAACCAGAGAAAGCGGCACUGGAAGCCAUCGGAGGAGAUGCAGUUUGUGGUGAUGGAUGGGUUCCAAGGCCCAAGCGCUGCUGCUGCCUCCCUGUACAUGGAUGGGCACUUCAAUGGCGACGGCCUGUAUCGCCUUGGUUUCUGA